GACGUUUUCCGAGCAAAAUUAAAGCCAUAAAUUGAGCAGGAGCAGAACAUGAGUGUGGUACUGUUGCGUCUUCAGGUCCAGUUGUCUUUUCUUGCGGCAUUCGUGUUGCGAUUGGCUCUAAAAUGACAAUUACACACACACACAAAAAAAAAUACAUUCAAUUGUUGAGUUAUUCUUGGUUGAGUGGAGUCUUUAUAUCGUUUUUUGGUUGAUGGUCGAAAGUUGCAAAUGUCACGCCCUGUACCGUGGGUUGGUGUCCACGUGGUUUCGGCGACGACGUUUGCUCUUUGGCGGGCAUUUUUUCUUAAUUUAUUUUUGAUUUUUUUUUGUUUUAAAUCCUGUGGCGGGCCUGCGGAUCGGAGUGGCGUCGGUAGAGGGCGCACGCGUGUUCUUCUCAAGGUGUCGCCUUCAAACACAACAAAGGGAUCACUACCAGGGAUGCUAAACCGAGUUCCGUUCCACUGUUUACGCCGUAAAUAGAAACCAAAUGGAAACGCUUCUAUUAGGAAAACGCAAUUACAUAUUUGAUAUAGUCAAAGCGCCUCAAAUUAUGAAAUUGAAUGCUAAUGCCUAUUUUAUUAUUAUUAUUAUUUAUUUUUUUUUGACCGUGGGGGAGCACCCAUAGGAUUAACUUGCAUUAAGACUAUAAAUAAAAUAGUGUUCACCCCAAAAAUCCAACACACACAAAAUUAAAUUAAAAUAAAAUAAAAACGCGGUUUAAGUUCAAAUGUCAUACAAGGUUGCCAGGUCAGAGCGAGAGCGACCACUUUUGUCCAAAUAGACGACCUUUGAAGAGGCGUCCUCGUGUUGCCAUGGGAACACCGGACAACAAACACUCGACUUUUGGAUGUGCGCGCUCACCUCGAAGUCAACUGGCUGCCCCAACAAACAACAACAACAACAACAACAACAACAACAACAACAAAAAGAUCCUCAAGAAAAGUCGUUGGAGUCUCGUGUUCGAAGACUUCGCCUUGAAACCAUCCCGAUCGGCGGCUGACGCAAUGACUCAAAGGCAGAUCGUCCAAGUUUUUGAGCAGUAUAAUAAAUCAAGAAUGCAGUUCGUGCAAACGGUGGCUGAUCUGGCGGACCGGCCCCAGAACAUCGAAAUCCUCCAAAGAGCAGGUGUCAUGUCCAUGCUCCGGCCCCUGAUGCUGGAUGUGGUUCCCGGCAUCCAGCAGAAAGCGGCCUUGGCCCUGGGCCGCCUGGCGGUCCACAACGCCGACCUGGCCGACAAUUUGGUGAAGGAGGACAUCCUGCCCCAGCUCAUCCGCUCUCUCACCAUCCAGAAUAGAUUGUAUAAGAAAGCGGCGGCGUUCGUGCUGCGUGCGGUGUCCAAGCACUCGCCUGAGCUGGCGCAGGCGGUGGUAGCCAGCGGCGGUGUGGACGCGCUCGUUCUCUGCCUGGAGGACUUUGACCCCGGUGUGAAGGAAGCCGCCGCCUUGGCUCUGGGCUUCAUUGCGCGACAUAAUGACGCCUUGUCCCAGUCCAUUGUGGAUGCAGGCGCAGUGCCCAUGCUGGUGUUGUGCCUCCUGGAGCCCGAGAUUGCCCUCAAACGCACCGCAGCCUCGGUGCUCAGCGACAUCUCCAAACACACGCCGGAAUUGGCCCAAAUUGUCGUGGAAGCCGGCGCCAUUGCACACUUGGCACAGAUGAUCCUCAACCCGGACACCAAACUCAGGAGGCAGGUAUUCUCUGCUCUAGGUCAGAUUAGCAAACACUCGGUGUGCCUGGCGGAGAUGGUGAUCGAGGCCGACGUCUUCCCGGCAGCCAUGAUGUGCCUCAGAGAUCCGGACGAGUGCGUGAAAAAUAACGUCACCAUUCUGAUGAGAGAGGUGGUCAAACAUACUCCUGAGCUGUCCCAGGUCAUCGUCAACUGCGGCGGCACGUCAGAAGUGAUCACCUAUCUCGGCGAGUGCCGUGGAAGUCUAAGGUUGCCCGGGAUCAUGAUGCUGGGAUACGUGGCGGCCCACAGUGAGAACUUGGCCAUGGCUGUCAUUCUCUCCCAAGGCUUGCUCCAGCUGGCUCUGUGUCUCUCGGAGGAGACGCAACAUCACAUCAAGGCCGUCACAGCCUGGUGCAUAGGCCAGAUAGGACAUCACACGCCGGUGCACGCCAAGGCUGUCGCCACCGCCAACCUGCUGCCCAAGUUGCUGCAACUUUAUAUGGAUGCCAACAGCUCAGAGGACCUGCAGAACAAAAGUAAGAAGGCUCUGAAGAUGAUCCUACAGAAGUGUACCUUCCUGCCGGCGCUGGAGUCUCUCCUCUACGACGCGCCGAGCAACAUCAUCAAACAUGUUGUCUGCCAGUUCAGCAAGGUGUUACCUCAUGACAGUCAGGCUCGCCGUCAGUUCGUGACCAGUGGAGGGUUAAAGAAAGUGCAAGAGAUCCAGGCGGAGCCGGGCUCUGUCCUGCAGGAACACAUCAAUUCCAUCAACAGCUGCUUCCCGGAGGAGAUAGUCAGGUAUUACUCUCCGGGCUACUCAGAGGUGUUGUUGGAGCGCUUAGAGAACUUUAAACUCUCCUGAGACCAGCCGGCAUCCCCGUGCAACGUUACUGCGAAAGCACAGUGCUUCAAAUGUGCCUCAAAUGGUCAAUAUAUCGCCGGAUGUAUUAUGAUUAACAAUGUAGACUAUCAUAAAAAUGUAAUAGACUGCAUGAACAUGAGAAUAUGUUGUGAAUGUAUACUUGUAGAGUAGGAUAAAUGUCACAUAACAUCAAAUAAAAUCUCAACAUCAA